UAGCUUAUAUAUUUAUUUAUAUUCGUAUUAAAUCCCAGGUUGCCAUAUUAGUGAUUACAGACUCUAAUCUUUCUUCAAAUACAAUACAUAUAUCAUAUCAUAUGUGUAUAUAUAAUACCAAAGAUCGAUGAUGUAUCGGUUUCUGAUCAUCCUCCUUUGUUUAUGUACUGCAAAUUUAACGUCAACAAAGAGAAUCGAGUAUCUUCCGGGUUUUGAAGGACCUGUUCCGUUCCAUCUCGAAACAGGGUAUGUGGGAGUGGAUGUGAAUGAGGAUGUUCAACUGUUUUACUACUUCAUUCAUUCUGAGUCAAAUCCCAAAGAUGAUCCUCUCUUGCUUUGGCUUACCGGUGGCCCCGGUUGUUCUUCAAUCUCCGGCUCCUUCUGCAGAUCGGUCCAAUUGAGUUUCGCGCGAUGCCUUACAAUGGAAGCUUGCCCACCUUGAUUCCGAGACUAUAUUCAUGGACCAAGAUGACAAACAUAAUUUUCUUAGAUAUUCCGGUAGGUACAGGGUUUUCUUACGUAAAAUCGACACGUGACGUUCAUUCUACCGACAUCCAAUAUUUUGACCAUGCCUACGAAUUUAUGAGAAAGUGGUUUAAGCGUAAUCCAGAGUUCACUUCCAACCCAUUCUAUGUUGCCGGAGACUCGUACUCUGGAAUACCUGUCCCCGUAAUCACGCAACUAAUAUCAAAUGGAAAUGUCGCUGGAACUAAGCCUUACAUUAAUCUCAAGGGUUACAUACUCGGGAACCCUAUUACUUUCCCUGCUAACAAUUACCAAAUCCGAUUUGCAAAUGGUAUGGGACUUAUUUCAGAUGAGCUCUAUAAGUCAUUGUUACAAAGUUGUCAUGGAGAAUAUCAAUUAGGUUAUAUAGACCCAAACAACGUAGAGUGUCUUCGAAACCUUGAGUUAUACCAGGAGUGUAUUAAUGGUAUUGAAAAGGAAGACGUGUUAGAACCGUAUUGCAGUGCAACCGUUUCGCCUAUAGAACUGCCUAGCCAAAUACGAUCUAAAGAGCGUCGGCCUCUUUCUGCAUCUUAUUGUCAAUAUGAUCCAAAAGAUCUAGUUAAUUAUUGGGUGAAUGAUGAUGACGUCAAAGAAGCAUUGCAUAUCCGAAAGGGAAGCAUAGGAAAUUGGAUAAGAUGCAACCGUGAUUUUUUAAAUUUCACACAACAACAUUAUAUGAUGUAGACCUUAUCAUCUCAACCUUAGUAGCAAGGAUUACCGCUCACUCAUAUACAGGUUCUCUUCGUUUUACAAACAUAUUAUAUGGAUUCAUUUGAUCUUGGGAUUGAAAUUUGGUAAUAAUUUGGCACAGUGGGAUCAUGAUAUGCAAGUUCCCCAUCAGUCGACUCAAGCAUGGAUAAAGACCUUGAUUACAAUGUCACCGAUCAAUGGCGCUCAUGGAAGCAUCAAGGUCAAAUCGUCGGGUAAUGUAUCAUGUUUCAUGUUGUUAUUAGUCAUGCCAUAACAUGAUACCAAAUCUAUUGAAGUUAGAUUGUCAUGUUUGUCAUGUUUUGUACAGGUAUACAAGAGUUAUUCGAAUAGGAUGACAUUUGCUACUGUGAAGGGUGCAGGGCACAUCGCAACUGUAUAUAAAACCGAAGAAUGUUUUAUGAUGUUAAGAGGUGGAUUGACUAUCGACCACUGUAACCAAAAAUACCGGUUGCAUAGCCUAUAGGGAACUAAAGAGAUUACAUAGCACUAAUAAUAUCCAGAAACCAAUUUGGGGGCUUUUGUGGACUUUCUUGGCCAACAAGCUAAACGACGACCAUUUUUGAGUCAGAAGAAAGGACUAUACGACAGAGAUGUGUGAUUAAGGAGAAAAAUAAGUUUUUUUUUUUUUUUUUUUUUUUUUUUUUUUUUUUUUUUUUUUUUUUUUUAUAAAUAUUUGAUGGGAUCGGACAUUCCUUGAAGCAAUAUUGGAUAAAAAGGAAGAAAAAGACAUUAAUGUCUUGUGUAUAAAUGAGAGAUUGACAUCAAAUCGUGUUUGUUGUUCC